AUGUCUGAAUAUGAUGAUCCAUAUCAUACAACAAGAAGAAUACAUCCUCUUGAUGAACAAGGUAACAAAAAGAAAACCUUUGAAAUUCUAAAUGAUCAUCCAAGUUUUGAAGGAAAAGGAGAACGCAAAAAGAAGUUCACGAUUGAGUCAAAGGCUCCUGAUCAUCAUAACCAACGAGAUUUGGACAUUCGAGAUGGAAAACUUGCUGAAAAAGAUGAACCAAUUGACAUACUUGAUGGAAAUCCUAAUUUCAGAAUCAAAGGAGAAUUUCCUAAAGAGCUCAUGGUUCACCAAAAGGCUUCUGAUCCAGCAUUGAACAACACUCGUCUUCUCGCCUAA